UAUUUUUAGUUUAUCCCACAUUGCCAGAAAAUGGAAUAUUAGUUUUGAAUUGACAUUGUUGACAUCAGCAUCCGCGCCGGCCACGAAGCUUCAAAUACGAUUGAUUCAGGGGGAUUGUCAUCCCAGUGCCGAGGGAUCAUGCCAUUGCGUUGCUUGGUUCAACACGUCCAGCCAAUUCACGGCACUACUACCGUCGUACAGUUGAAACACAAAGUUGCCGUGGUUGGUGUCGUCGUCGGUGUAUUGCACGCGGAUGCACUGUGAGUCGUCCAUAAUACACGAGCAAACGCAGUGCAAGUCCAGUCGAAGCACUGGCUGCGAUCGAUCGUGAUCCACAUACACGACAAGGGUGUUGUCGAGCACACACAUGAAGAGCUUAGUGCUCUUGGGUGGUUUCGUCCGGCGGCGUUGUUGCGUCAUCUCAUAAAUGUACCCCGUCGAGUGGCCAUAGAGUCGACACGGGACCGACACACAUGACCACUUGAGCAUUGUCGUGAGCGGACUAGCGGUAACUUCGUUGCAAAAUGCCACAUUCGGAUGGCCUGGUUUCAGGCAUAAUAUGGGAUACAGUAACGCAUGGCACGACACGGCGGACGAUGUCACAGGGCCAGCGUAUUGGCCGAGAAACUUGAACUUGUUCCAAAUCGUAGUCACCUGAAUUGCGGUCACGACCACCGUCGCACCAUGGGGUGUCACUCCAGGUACAAAGAACGCCACAUCGUUUGUAUUCCAUUCGACUUGGCCGACUGGGACAUGGGAACGGUACUUCUCCGUGGGGGUUUGAAACGUACAGAUGGGGGCUUCUGCUGUUGGAAUCACGUCGUUAGAAGCCGAUGCAAACACUUGAAUGUGCAAAAAGCACUUUGCCGAGCUCGGUUUCGUGGCAUCUGAAGGUAUGAGGCGCCAAUGCUCGAGUCGAUAGCACACCAAACUUUGUGUUGUGGUCAGUUCAGACGUGGGCGGUGAUAAACUCACGACCAUUCGCGCCGACGCCGACGCCGACUCUGGCAUGUCGACCUGCGACAGCGUACUCUUGGGAGUUGAUAGCUGCAAAGCUCGAAACGUCGUCGCAUGCUUCGUUGUUCGUCGGUAGGCCCUCCAUAGCUGCUGGAUGGUCACGACGGCGCCAAGGACGCGGCGGUCGUUACUGCUGCGGCCAUGGUCGCUAGCAUGACGAAAUCGGUUCCACCACACAUGGAAUCGUGAUAGUACUCGUUUCAGGGGGCUUAUGGUUUGCUGUUUCAACGGGCCUUGCUUGGGUGGACCUUGGAGGCGUCUUGUGUGCACAACUCGAUGCGUUGAGCUUACUGUCCUGAGUGGAAAGUCCCGAUUCACUUGUUGCCACCAGCGUUGAAUGGUUUUGGCAGCAGCUUCGUGUACUACACACUUGUCGUUGUUGCUGUGGAUCUUGGCUUGGCUUGCUUGUUUGUGUGGUGGACCUAAUGACGUCGUGAUAGCACUUUUCGUCCGUGGAUCUGCCUGUCGGGGGCUACGAAUCUGGCGAUUUCUAACACUAGGUGACGUGGCAAGUAUGUACGGUGGGCAGCCAUCAUCGUCGUCGUGGCUGUCCAUGUCUACGGGUUUACGAUCCCAUCGCAAACUCUGCCACAUGUGGCGAUACGCGCGAAGUUUUUCCGUGUCGAUGACAUGGCGUCGCCGGUGGGCUCUCCACGCAGUGCAAAUACGUCGCGCGGCCGCGUCGUUGGUCAGCAACUUGCUCGUCCAAACAAGAGCAAUCGCAUCGGGCUUGGCGUUACGAUUGUCGUCUGCGUGAAUUUCACAGCGUAGUAAUUUGUGUGGCACGACGACCACGUCGUCCAACGACAUGUAUCGGUGCCUGGUACACCCAAUGACGACAUGCAAGAGUCGCCGUGGCGUCGUUAAGAGUAGCCGUUUGUGAAGCCCAGUGCGUCGCCUUUGAAUACCACCAGUGGCGGACUGAGCAUGCCGCCACCGACGCUGCAGAGUCGCUAUCGCCACCACAGUCGUCAAGUGCACACAAUGUGUCCACGAUUGAUAGACAAAGCAUGGAGCCGUGUCGUCGAUUGUCCGAGCCUUCUUCACGGGUGCGAUGGAUGUGCCGUCGUUCGGCGUGGUAUUCCACUUCAACAGCGGUACGAAUUGGUUCAAGGUGGCCCACUGACCAUGCAUCGUGACGACUUGGGCAUGGGUAUCGCCUUCGUCUUUGAGGAUUCGAGCGCCGCGCCAUUGGCGACCGGUAGGGGCCAUCACGCGGACGUGACCGACGUGGACGGUGCCGCGAUGGGGCGGAUCUAGGGGAUGCAAUACGGGGCAACUGGGCACUUGGUGUUUCAAGAGCAAAGAACAGUCGGUGGUCAUUUUGAUCAAGUAAUUUGGAGCAUGCGUUGAUCGAAACGCGUGGGGAUACCACAUCGUGUCGCGCCACAUCUCGACCGCUUCCACCACCGCGACCGACGCUUGAAUCAUGGACUGCAGCCAUACGUCGUUCACUCGGAUUUCGUUCGUUGUGUGCAGAAGCAGGUCUUCACGGGCUUGAAUGCAAUGCAAGACCCGCAAAGUGCAUUGAUGGUGGACUGUGAGUAGCUGGACCUGGCGCGCCAUGCUCGCGAGACAGCCGCCGUGCACGGAGAUAAAUGUAUCUCGAUCGAUAUGUGGGAUUUUCAACUCUUCCCACAUCGUCUCCAUGCGCACCCGCAAGCGAUACCUCAACGCAUCGACUUCAGUUCCUGCGAAUUCCAUGGGUUGCUUUCGAUCUUGGUCGAUGAGUUGCCUACAUCGCAGAAGCACAUGUGCAGGACUCUUUCGCGCCACACACACUUUCCGAGGUAGCUGUUCCAUCCACUUGAACGAUCCGCUCGGUUUCGCAACUUGUAGCGGACGAGGCAGACCGGGGUGUUGACGCAGGAUGAUCUGGUUUCCACGACGCCCAUUAGGUUGCCUUUGCGAUGGACUGCGGUGGCUCCCGCUCGCCUUCCUCGAUGUACGGUAUUUCUUCACAUGUACAGCUUCAUUUCCCUUUCCGAGGGUUGCUUCAUCCGUCAUUUCCGCCACGCUUGCAUGAUACAGCACACUGCGCG